UUUGAAGGCGGCGCGUACCCGCUUUCUCCGUCCAGGAGGCGGCGGCCCGGCGAGAGGAGCGGGGGAAGUGCUGACUCCAGAAGGUAAUAAAUCAUCUUUAAUCAAGAUGUCUUCAGCACCUGAACCCCCAACCUUUAAAAAUGAACCACUCAAAGAGAAAGACUAUCGAAUUCCAGGGCUCAGGGGGGCCCGCACAACCACCUUAUUUCGAGCUGUGAAUCCAGAACUUUUCAUUAAACCUAACAAACCUGUUAUGGCUUUUGGAUUGAUAACACUUACACUUUGCGUGGCUUACAUUGGUUACCUACAUGCAACUCAAGAGAAUAAAAAGGACCUCUAUGAAGCUAUUGACAGUGGGGGAGCCAGAUAUAUGAGGAGAAAAACAUCUAAAUGGGAUUAAUAGUGCUGAUUAUUAGAGACAGCUGUAUUAAGGGCUCUGCGAUCUUCAGAUGAAAGACUAUUAUACCAGGUAUCAUGUUUAUUAUCCUGCAUUAUGUUAAUAUGGAAAGAAUGAAACAGUUUGGCAUUUGGUAUUAAAUUCUGCCUUUCACAGCUGCAGCUUCUUCCUUUUACACAUACAUAAAAAGGUUCAAUUUUUUCCUCCUAGCAAAGUCUCUUGCAAAGUUCUAUAAGAAUGCUAAUCAUCUCCAUUGAACUGUAUAAUAAAAGUAAAGUAAAAGUG